AUGCCGCCCUACAACCGGCCGGUCAGCUUUUCUGAGCGAAGAGGUGCCAUCUUCAACGAGGAAUUGUCGUUGAAUACCCACAAUGUGAAACUGUCGCAGCAACGGCCAAGGGGGCCACCGACACCGAGCAUGAGUACGCCGGCAGCCGACUUCGAACAAGUUACUGGCUCGCCGCCACCCCCGCCGACGCCUGCAGCCUCUCCCGGACCGUCACACUCGAGACUGAACUGGAGCAAUGCGGGAGAGGACGAAGAGGCCUAUCUUUCUGGGCUGCGAAAAUACUUUGUGCAGUGCAAUGGCGGCCAGAGGACCCGGCUGCUGGCAGACCUCUUGAACCUUUGCACCAGUGGGCAACUGAGUUUUGUUCACCAGUUUGUCAGCCCCCUGCUCAAGAAGGAUCCUUUCACCACCCUUCCCGAUGAGUUGUGUCUUCGAAUCCUUUCCUUCAUCGAUGACCCGAAAGUCCUAGCCCGCGCGUCGCAAGUGUCGCGGAGAUGGCGGGAUUUGCUAAGUGAUGACAUGACGUGGAAGAACCUGUGCGUGAAGCAUGACUACCAGCGGAGGCUAUCCGAGGUCCAACAGUCUAUGCAACUAGUUGCAACCGCAAGGCCCGAGGCCUAUUCCUUUGGCCAACAGGACGAGGACUCGGCAAGCCAAGGAUUCUCCGCACUCACCUCGACUUCCCUACCGGCAACCUUCAGCAUGGAUUCGAAUGCACGACCCGUACUCAGGACCUACAAGUCCCACUUCAAGCAGAGGUACCUAGUUGAUGCAGCUUGGCGUACCGGCGGCCGCAACGUGUCGCGCAACAUAACACAAGACGGCGGCGUUGUUACCAGCUUGCACCUCACUUCCAAGUAUAUCAUCGUGGCUCUCGAUAAUGCCAAAAUCCACGUGUUUGAUACUGAGGGGAACGCCCUCCGUACCUUGCAAGGCCAUGUCAUGGGCGUCUGGGCUAUGGUUCCUUGGGACGACAUUCUGGUCAGCGGCGGGUGUGAUCGUGAUGUCCGUGUUUGGGAUCUGGCUACUGGUGCAUGCUUGCACACGCUGCGGGGCCACACCUCGACUGUUCGCUGCCUCAAGAUGUCAGACGCCAACACCGCGAUCUCUGGGUCCAGGGACACGACCCUCAGGGUAUGGGAUAUGAGGACCGGGGUGUGCAAGAACGUGCUUGUCGGCCACCAAGCAAGCGUCCGUUGUUUGGAGAUCAAGGGCGACAUCGUGGUUUCCGGAAGCUACGACGCAACAGCAAAGGUCUGGAGCAUUUCGGAGGGCAGGUGUCUGCACACACUCCAGGGUCAUUACAGCCACAUCUAUGCGAUCGCUUUCGACGGGCAGCGGGUCGCAACCGGAAGCUUGGACACCAGCGUCAGGAUAUGGAACGCUCAGACCGGCGAGUGCCAAGCUAUUCUCCAGGGACAUACGUCGCUUGUGGGGCAACUGCAGAUGCGCGGCGGCACCCUUGUCACUGGCGGCAGCGACGGAUCUGUGAGGGUAUGGUCACUUGAGCGGUUCUGCGCCAUCCACCGCCUUGCAGCCCAUGACAACAGCGUCACGAGCCUGCAGUUUGACGACACCCGGGUAGUCAGCGGCGGGAGUGACGGGCGGGUCAAGGUUUGGGACCUCAAGACAGGCAACCUUGUCCGCGAGCUGGUCACCCAAGGCGAAGCAGUCUGGCGCGUUGCUUUUGAGGAGGAGAAGUGCGUGGCUAUGGCGUUGAAGAACAGCAGGACUGUCAUGGAGGUGUGGUCCUUCUCCCCUCCGGAAGAGAUGCUGCUGGACGAGCAAUCCAUGCUACCUCCGAAGCGAAGACUCGACGGGCCAGUACCGGACCGGCCGCUCAGUGCAUUCUCCCUAGAUUACCGAGCAUCUACCUCCGCAAUCGGCAUACAGGACGUGGAUAUGACGGAUGCCGGGCCUUCAACAGCGCCCCUUCAACAGAGCGGCCCGACCUUCUUCCACGAUGAAUAA